AUAUUAUUCAGCCAGAAAAAGGAAUGGAGUUCUGACUAAUAGACAUGGAUGAACCUUGAAAACAUCAUGCCGGGUGAAAGAAGCCAGACACAACAGGCUACAUAUUAUAUGAUUUCAUCUACAGGAAAUGUCCACAGUAGGGAAAUCUCUAGAGACAGGAGAUUGAUGGUUCCCAGAACACCAGGGACUGGGUGGGUGGGGUGUAUGUGCAGGGAUGGGGAGUGACGACUUGGAGAUAGGGGCUUUCUUUUGGGAGUGAGGAAAUGUUCUAAAAUUGAUUCGGCGAUGGUUGUACAACUCUGUGAAUAUAGUAAAAAAAAAACCCACUGACUUCUAUACCCUAAGCGGGUGAAUUGUAUGCUAGGUGCAUUACCAUGCAAUAAAUCUGUUAUAAAAAAAUACCAGCUGGCCCCCCAGCUCUAAUGCUGACAGGAGGUGAGGAAGAGGACUCAGGAACUUACUGAUGGGAGAGUGAACAAAUAUCAGUGUCCUUCUCUUGAAAUGACCUUGAGAAGCACCUCUGUAGAGUCUCUAUUCCCCCUUCCGGCCUCAGCUUCCACGUUACACCCUGCUUCCCUGCACCCCCCACCCCAGAACUGCCUCCCCUUUGUCACUUUGUCUUGUGUCUCAAUCCCUUGUUUCAUUCCCUCGUAGCUCUCAGCACAGCUUGGACUUCUGUGCCUGUGGCCCUGAUUUGGCCUGUGCGUUCCACCGGGGCAGGGCUUGAUUGUCUAUUCUAGGUCUAUUCUAGCACCUUCUAGGUGCUCGGUGCUCAGUGCUCGGCCAGUGUCCCUGGAGCGACUGAGCAGGUGUAGGUCAAUUCAGCUGGGGGAGCGGGACCUUCUGAGCAAGGCUCGGUGCCGGGGACAGGGUGGGGGGAAGAGGCGGAGAUGGGGUGUCUCCCAGCCUGCAGCUUUCCUUCUCUCCAGGACCCAGUUCCAGGAGAAAGUCUUCUGAGAGGAAGCCUACGGGCUGGGCUGUCGGGGAGGAGGCGCGGCGGGAGGGGAGGAAGUCUGCAGCAGGGCCUGCACCUCAGAAUGCAGCUGAUUCACCCCGGGCGGGAGCCCCGUGGUGGAAGGCUGCGUUCCAGGGGGAGAGGGACGUCCCUGCAAGCAGGUGCCUGUUCUGAAGUUCAAACGAGACGAUGGAGCUGUUCCAGGAGGAGAGCGAGAGGGGCCCGCACCCCACACGUACCCCUACACCACCACCCCCAGGGACCCAGGUGGCAUCUGGGGACAGGCGCUCAGGAACUCAUUUCGUCACCCCUGAAAUCUGCUGGGAUUCUGUGAAGGAUCGAAUGCGAGAGUGUGGCGGAUCCCUUCCAGCAGCCCGGCCCAGACAGCAGGAUGCUCCCGGGCCCCCUUUCCCUUCCCAUCCGGGUCCCAUGCGCCCUGCCUGGGGGGCCGGAGGGACCCCGGGUGGGGGCAGGGCACGGGCAGCAGCCUCUUUCUCUUCUCCAGGGAGUUUCCUACUAUUUCACUUGUCCCGGGAGGGUGAGGGGCUCCCGGGGCAGAUGGGGGAGGCAGGAAGGGCUGGGAAGGGCUGCAGGGAGAGCUUGCUUCCCAGCCCGGUGGCCUCCACCGCCGGGCUACAGGCUCAGGCCUGCCCCUGGAAGUCGCCUUCCCGGCCCCUCAGCUCCCCUUGGGGCUCCUGGAGGAGGGGGAGGGGCCUGGGGUUCUCUGUCCCUUCCAUGCUGCCCAGUGAGGGUGCCUGCUCAUUGUACACUGAGUGUGUGUGGCAGGGGGGUCCCCUGAAUCAGUCUUGCUGAUCGUAUAUAUUCUGCCUCCUGGAACCUGGGGGUAGGGGAGAAGAGGAAGAGGGUGCUCCCCGGAACUUGGGGGUCCUCCAAAGAGGACAUGCCAUGUACCUAGACUCAGAGCCUCUCUGAGGGCCUUGGCAGAAUCUCGGAGCAUCUGGGAGGGUGGGCAGCAUAUUUGAAGCUUUUGCAGCUAUUUGUUAACUGAGGUAAAGCCCCUCCGAGAAUUUGCUGGGGUCCCUGGGCUCAGCUCCCUCCACCCAGCCGGCCCUGCUCUGUGCUCUCACCUCGGAGCCACCAUGGCUUCCCGGGACACGGACCCUGCCCCCUGCCAAACACCCCAAGUCCUCCAACUCUGGGCUCAAACCUCUGCGCAGCCUUUCCAGCCGGCCGUGGUGGUUCUCGUGUGGGAGGCCGCGGGCUCCACACUUGCCUGCGGAGCUUGGUCGGGGCCCUGCUGCCCACGGGAGCUCCAGGCCCCUCCAACGACAGGCCAGUCGGUGCCUCCUGGUGGACGUCCAGCAGCCCGUCCAGUUCUGCGGCCCUGAGCCCUCCCUGGGGCCUCUGUCCCUGGACUCUGUCAGGACCAACUGCACAGUCUGGUGGGGAAGUGCGAAGUCCUGCUAUCAGACAAACCUGGGAUCAACUCACCGUUGCCACUUGCUGGCUGUGUGGCCUUUGGGCAAGUUUUCAAAACUUUUUGACCCUCUGUUUCUUCUUCUGGAAACUGAGAAUUUCAGCAAAAGUACCUACCUAAUGGUUAGUCUCAUGUGUCAACUUGGCUAUUGUACCGUUAAUCGAACAUGAAGCUCAGUGUUGCUGGGAAGGUAUUUUCUAGACGUGGUUAACAUCUGCAAUCAGCUGCCUUUAAGUAAAGGAAAUUACCCUUGAUAAGGAGGGGCGGGGGUGGGGCUCAUCCAAUCACCUGAAGGCCUCACCAGCAAAAACUGAGGUUUCCUGGAGAAGACGAAGUCGCGCCUCAACACAGCAGCAUCCGCUCUGGCCUGAGUUUCCAGCCUGCCAGCCUCCCCUAUGGAUUUCAGACUUCCCAACUCUCACAACUGCAUGAGCCAGCUCCUUCAAAUAAAUCUCUUCAUGUCUGUGGACAUGCAUGUGUGUGUGUGUGUGCAUGUGUGCAUGUGAAUGUAUAUAUGUGUGUGUGCCUCCUGUUUAGUAUAUGCAUAUAUGUGCAUGUGU